GGAUAUGGGCGCGGCCUUGAGGUGGAAUUGAAGGAUCCUCUACUGUGGUGUUUCGGAGAGGCGGAACAGGAUCUUUUUUUUUUUUUAAUUAUCAUGUGACGGGGUUCUGGAUUUCAUGGAGGGGGGGAAAAGUGUGGAAAAGGACAAGGAUCCAAACUGGCGACGUUCCGGAUCUUGGCGGCGCUGCCAGGGUGUGUGUCCCUUUUCUCCUGGCCCUGCAACAGCCUCUCUGCACUGUGUAAAUGAGAAUGUCCUUGGCUCAGAGAGUGCUACUCACCUGGCUUUUUACAUUGCUCUUCCUGAUCAUGCUGGUGCUGAAACUGGAUGAGAAAGCACCAUGGAACUGGUUCCUCAUCUUUAUUCCCGUCUGGAUAUUCGACACAAUCCUACUUGUCAUGCUGAUCGUGAAAAUGGCCGGGCGGUGUAAAUCGGGCUUUGACCCUCGCCACGGAUCCCACAACAUCAAAAAAAAAGCCUGGUACCUCAUUGCCAUGUUGCUGAAAUUGGCCUUCUGCCUCGCGCUGUGUGCUAAACUGGAACAGUUUACGACCAUGAACCUGUCCUUUGUCUUCAUUCCUCUGUGGGCCUUGCUGGCUGGGGCUUUAGCAGAACUGGGCUACAACGUCUUCUUUGUGAGAGACUAACUUCCGAGUACAUCGCCUCCUCUCUGUUGCUGUCCAACAAGCUCUCGUUAAAGUGUUCGGAAUCUUUGCAAGCUUCAAGAAUGCCAGAGAAACCAACGGGAGAGAAUCAGAUGUAGUUUUAUACUGCAGCCAGGAAAUGAGAUUGUCAACCAUGGACUUCCGGUUGAUCCGAAGCGUAAUUAUUCAGUGUUGGAACUGUUGAUAUCAUUACUAUCCCUAUGUAAAUAAAGUUUGGUUUGGAACUCA